GUUCUACUCAAGAAUGCAACAAAAAAUCAUUACACGGAACUAUACAAAGAAUUAAUUGUAAACGUAUACAAGAUUCCAAAAAGUGAUUAUCACUUGUCAGCAUUAAUUAAAGAUAUAGCCGAUGCCAAAGCCAUCCCACCUCAAACAACGAUCUUGACCAGAGCCGAAGACAGAGCCAAAGCUAUCCUACCAGAAGAGCUAGA